AGCAAAAGAAGGCGGGUUGAGAAUGGAGCACCCAUAUGUGCCCAGAGAUCUGCAACUGCCCGGAUACGUGCCCGUCUCCCUCUCUCAGGCCACCAUUGUUGGCGUCUAUGGCCUCUCUUCUCUCCUCGUCGUCUCGCUUGUCUGGUUGCUCUCUGGGAGAUCGCGCAACAUAUCUAAACUCGAUAGGUUGCUCAUGUGCUGGUGGGCUUUCACGGGACUUACGCAUAUCGUUCUCGAAGGCUAUUUCGCAUUCUCUCCCGAAUUCUACAAAGACAAGACUGGAUUUUAUCUAGCUGAAGUUUGGAAAGAAUACAGCAAAGGUGACUCAAGAUAUGCAGGAAGAGAUUCUGCAAUUGUUGCUGUUGAAGGAAUGACAUCAGUUCUGGAAGGUCCACCUUGCCUUCUGGCAGUGUAUGCUAUCGCCAAAGGAAUGGGGUAUAGCUACAUACUUCAGUUUGCCGUCUCCCUGGGGCAGCUCUAUGGAACUGCUUCUGGAUUCUGAUACCCUCACUCAUCGCUAUCCGGUGUUGGAAGAAAAUUUGUCUCGCGGUGCAGAGCCAAAGCCAGAAGAAGAAGGUUAGGUGAGGUAAGACUGCACAACAGGCUGCGGAAGAUUUCUUUGUUUAACAAAUGUCUUAGUGUGUGCACUU